AUGCUCAAUCGCACUCACAGGCAGACCUUUCAAUUGGUACAAGAGUUUCUGGGUGCUAUGAGAGAGGCCGGAGGUCCAAACAUAAGGGCUUUGCUUUGCACUGGUGGAGUGGCAAAGAAGUCACAGCAGGACAUUGUGAGGAAAUGUGUUCAUAUAGUUGUCGCAACUCCAGGGAGGUUAAAGGAUAUGCUAAAAAGCAAAAUAAUGAAGCUUGAUAACUGCAGAUAUCUAACUUUAGAUGAGGCCGAUAGAUUGUUAGAUUUAGGCUUUGAGGAUGACAUAGGAGAAGUUUUCGACUAUUUUAAAUCACAACGUCAAACACUUCUAUUUUCAGCCACAAUGCCCAUAAAAAUUCAGAACUUUGCUACAAGGGCUUUAGUUAAACCUGUGACCGUCAACGUGGGAAGAGCUGGAGCAGCAAAUCUUGACGUGAUUCAAGAGGUUGAUUAUGUGAAGCAAGAGGUCAAGGUGGUUUACCUUCUUCAAUGUCUGGAAAAGACCGCGCCUCCUGUUCUAAUAUUCCGCGAAAAGAAAGCCGAUGUGGAAGAGAUUCAUGAAUAUCUUCUGUUGAAGGGAGUGGAAGCAGUGGCUGUUCAUGGAGGGAAGGAUCAUGAAGAGCGAGAGUAUGCCAUUUCUUCCUUCAAGUCCGGGAAAAAAGAUGUCUUAGUGGCAACUGAUGUUGCUUCAAAAGGCCUUGAUUUUCCUGAUAUUCAACACGUCAUUAAUUAUGACAUGCCAGCAGAAAUUGAAAACUACGUUCACCGGAUUGGAAGAACAGGAAGAUGUGGCAAGGUUGGAAUUGCAACAACGUUCAUAAACAAGAACCAAAGUGAGACGACGCUCCUAGAUUUGAAGCACCUAUUGCAAGAGGCCAAGCAGAAAAUUCCACCCAUGUUGGCUGAGCUAGAUGAUCCAAUGGAGCAUACAAGCGAUGAGGUUGAAGGAUGUGCUAUUUGUGGAGGGCCUGGUCAUCGGGUCAGUGAUUGUCCGAAACAAGAGCAGCAUAAAAGAAGGGUAAUGAUGAGCUCUAGGAUGGAUUUAUAUGGUUCUGGUGGUUACAAAGGGGAAAUAUGA